GAGGGCGCCUGCCGGAGCGUAGUGCAGUGGAUAGAGGGGGACGCCGCCCGUUUGCGCGCCCGCCUGCCGGGGACUCGCUGGUUCGAGACCCGCCAGCCGCCCUCCUGGCAUGGCUUCGCUGCUGGGCUCAUACGCCUGGUCCGAGAGACUGGAGUGCUCCGCGCUGGAGCUGCCCGACGGGGGCGCAGCAUCCGCCGGCGCCGUCGGAGGGAGCCGGCCCGAGAAAGGGUCCCCCGAAAGCCGCAUCCGACGCCCCAUGAACGCCUUCAUGGUAUGGGCCAAAGACGAGAGGAAGCGAUUGGCUGUCCAGAACCCGGAUCUGCACAACGCCGAGCUGAGCAAGAUGUUGGGUAAGGCAGACGCGGGAAUGAGCGCGCGCGCAAGGAGUGCGGGAAAGAGCGCAUCUCGCCAUUCGAGUUUUGUUUUUUUAAAAAAAAGUUUUCAGGUUUGAUUACUUUUUUAAAGCUUUAACAUUCGGUUCUGUGUUUUUAGAUCUCUCAGUUUGCUUUGCAGGCCGUCUGAUUUAGCCGGCGCUCUGUGCGUAAAAAUCCUUUCUGCGCGUAAAAAUCGGUUCAGGGCGCGGGGUGACUGCCCAAAGGCACUGAGAUCGCGGCGUUUAACAAGGAGGAAAGGCCUGAUCCGGCCGCAGUUCAGCAACCUCUAAGCCCGUUGAGGUUUACUUGGUGGUCCGUUCCCGAGUUCCCAUCAAAAACACCGACAAAAGAGCCCCGGGUUUGGCUGUCGCUUUGGAGUCAAUGGGGACUUUGGAGUGAUGGGGUUUGGUCGGCGCGCUCAGGAGUCGCUCCGAAACGGGUCCCUUUCCAAUGGAAGUUCUUAGGUGGGGAAAAUCCAUCCGUCAGCUGCGUUUUGCUCAACCUAUCGGAUCGGGGCCCUCAGUAUCUCGGAAUCGGGAAAAGCCGGUGAAAAGGAAUAAAGUCACUUUCUUUUUCACAAAAGAUUUUCAUUAUCAGAUUUCGUCAUCUUUUUUAAAAAAAAAAGUGGGGGGAAGCGCGAGGAUGGUGGGGUUUUUUUGCACGCGUCUCCCUAUUUUUUAUUCUUUAUUUUGCUUAAAGCUACUUUAAAACCGUGCGAAAGUUUAAAAGAUGCCUCCCUAAUUCCCCACCCCCACCCCAAUAAAAUUAAAGCUAAAUAAAUAAAUGACCGUGCUUUUUUAUGAUUAAGAGCUCACCUUUGCAAAUAACCCGUUGGGCAGAAUGAGAUCAGUUUUCCCGGAAUAAAGGUGAGGGGGAAAGGCCUAAAAAUUAUUGCAAACUUGACGUGUCGCAAAUGCACACAAUAAAUCCGGGGGGAAAUGUUUUUUUAGCUAUGUUCUGUAUGUAUUGUUCUGAAAAGUGUCAACGACCUAAUACUGUAUAAACAAUAUCGUACAUAUUUUAGGGGAGGUGCUUGGAAAACUUUGAAAGCUCUCUGUUUUCUUCCCGAAGUAGUAUUAAAGGGCAGGAGGGAGGAAUAGCUAUACAUAACACCACUUUUAUUUUUAUCUAGGAAAUUAAAUUACAGCUUUAUUUAUUUUUAAAUAAAUGAAUAGGGCAUUUAAAUUUGGUUUUAAUGUUGGAUACGGCACACCAAGAAGAAUACUGCUGGAUAUAUAUAUAUAUAUUUUAAGGAAUGAAGGAUAUUUAAAUCAUGUAUAAUUAAAUAAAAAACAACACAACAGCUGUGAUGUACUUAUUCAUAUUUGUAUAGUCGUUGUUUAUUAAACUCAUGAGUCCCUCAAGUAACCAAAAAGGUCUCCAAGCCACUGGCAACAUAUUUAAAAACAUAAAGAAAGAGUAAAUAUUAUACUAAAGUAUAGACACAUUUACACAGAAAUGGAUGUAAUGAUAUAAAAAAAAUAAUAAUACACAAAGCAACCCCCAAUGAUAGCAGCAAAACAAAACAAAAACAAAAACACACAUUAAGAACAAGGAACAGCAAAGUGUCAAACAAAAGUAUAAGGAGAAAAGGUAGCAUCUCCAGGUAUUAUUUUUAUUUUUUUAUAUGAGCACUACAUGUUAAUAAAUAUUUAUUUAUCAUCUUCCUAGCCAUGUUCUACAUAAAAAGUGCCUAAAGCAAUACACUGUGCUAAAACAUUUUUUUAAAAAAAAUAAAAGUUCAACAGCAAUAAGGACAAAAAACACUUAUAAAAUCAAGAUAGCACAAACAUAUUCAACACUUAAAGAAAUUCAGCACAUCCCGUAUCAAGCACAAAUACCAAAGGUUUGUUACACCCGCAAUUGCUUGAUCUGAAUUCGUUCUUUUUCUGGGGAGGUGCAGAGAGACACUUUCCCUUUCAAAACAAUAAUUUUAUUUACAAUAGAAUUUGGGAUCAAUUUAAAAUCACAUGUGGGAAAGUGGUAAUGAGUAGCUAGCUUGCAGUUUUCAGCGCUGAAUACUUUUCUGCAGCUCUAGAUGUAACCAUUUAAGCCACUUAUCCUGAGUUUAUGUGUCCGUUGGAAGCAAAUUCCACUGAAAGGUGCAUUAAGCGUUUAGUCGGAACCAGUUUUAAAUAGAGCACAAGGAACAUUUAAAUAUUUGCAUCAGUAUUUCAGGUUUGCGCUGCCUCACCCUGACCAGGCUGACUUAGAAAUAAAUGCCUCUGAUUUCAAUUGCAUUUACUUCCAAGUAAGCGUAUGUAAGGUUACAGCCGUAACUUGCUACGGGGUUGUGCAAGGGUAAUCUGCAGGAAUAUCUGUCCUUGAAAACAUUUUUAUGCCCGUGAUGCUUUUCAUUUGAUUUCUCAAAUGCUGGAAAUUCAGCCCAUUUUCUUGGCGAUCUUCAUAACUAUACAAACCUCUGUCCCACAGGUGAAGAUCCUUUACCUGUAAAUUAGGCUGCUGCCCCUUUCUCCCCACCUGUCCCCAGAUUUUCAGCACCCUCUUGAAAGAUGCUGUGCUCACAGUACCCAUUGGGUUGCAAUGCUGUGUUAGUUUCAUGUAAGAGGCGAUGCAUCGAAAUUAGCAGACGUCGCUUACUUAAAGGUCCAUGAAUUUCAGUGGGACUUCUUCAACUAAAACUUACUUCAAUACAACCCACUUUCCCAAGCAUGAUUACAGCAGAGAUUUAUAUAAGGUUCGGCCACAUCGGAGGUUCCACGUUGAACCCCUUUCCUAAAAAUUCCUGCCCUGGGUUUUCCUUUAUCACAGCUGCCACGCAGCGCCUUGACAUUUCCCUCAAGCUCGGGCGUCAUGACCCCAAGAUCUCUUUCCUGCGUAAUCACUGCCAGUUCAGUGUAUUGUUUUCAUUUAGGGUUUGGUUUUAUUUUCCUCCAUUGUGGAUCACUUUACAGCUCAGGGUGCUGAAUCUCCUGAAGUCCCAUUUUGCUGCCUGUUUCCCCAGUUUGGAGAGAUCUUUUGGGGGCUCUUUGUGGUCUGUUCAUGGUUUCGCGCUCCUGAGUCACUUAAUGUUGUCUGCAGACCUGAUUCCCACACCGUUCGACUCCUCGUUCUGCUCUCCAUCACGCUGUGUUACGGAGGAUCAAGCCCCAGUAACAAUCUCUGCAUCCGAAGGAAAUUCCAUCAAUAGGAAUACCUUGGAACACUGGGAAUUCUACAGUUUUUUGGUUUUGAAAACAAGAUCCCCCCAGAGUCUGUGACCAGACACUCUUAUGCUGGUGAUAAAUGAUACAAGCUGGACUUCAUCUGCAUUUUACAUUAAUUAAUUUGCAGGUUCUAGAAGAAUAGCUGCGCAGGAGCGAAAAGGGCUGAGGAGUUAACAAGGUUUUCAUUUCUGUGGCACUUAUCAUUUCCAUUGGUAGACAGCUUGCUAUCUGAGAUCUCAAAGAGUAGUUUGCAAUAGAUAAAGAAGUACAAACACAGUAAGUGCCAUGAAAUCCAUAUUAUUAUUAUUAUUUAUUAAGUGUAAAUCAAACGAUCUGCCAGACAAAAAUAUAUAAACAAUAUCCUUGCGCAGAAACACAAAAUUAAUACCAACACAAAAUCAAUACAAAAAUCAGAGAUCCUUACAAAGCAGCGUAAUGCAAAAUUUCAAACAACGUAACAUGCAAUAUUCACAUGACCUCUCAACCUCACUCCCUUUCCGUUCCUUGCAACCACUUUCCUCGUUUAUUGCCACGCAGAAACCUUCAAAGGCAAGUUGAGGGUUGGGACUUUUGGAACACGUUUCUUGACCUGGUGGGGGAAUCUGUGGAGGGCGACAGAAUGGCAGAAACUGGUGCGGGGUGUGAGGAAUAGGACUCUAUUUUUUGUUUUUUUCUCUCUCCCUUUUAACUUGAUUCAGAGCAGGCAAACGUUCAACAGGUACACCUCUCUCCCUGCUUCUCCAAGCCCAGCAAAUUCUUAGCUUGUUUAUCAUUAAUAGAACUAUUUAUUGAUGCCUUCGCACAACAGACGCAUCAGGGGCACGCAACGCUAAUGGAAAAGAAAAAAAUUAAAGCCACAUGACAAGGCAAAGCGGUUAUACUGAUAAUAAAACUGCCCCUCUUGAAAUUCUGCCUGCGCAACUGCACCUAACAGCAGGAAAGGGAGAAAAAAAGAAAGGUGGCACAGGAUGGGGAAGGGGGGGUGGAAAGAAAUGAUAAAAGCUGCUCACAGAGUCUGGGUUGUGCCUGCCGUUAGUCCUGCUCAGAGUAGACCCAUUGAAAUGAAGGGGGCUGAGGUUGCCCUGAUUUGCAUUGGACGGCAGCUUGCUCUGCUGUCAUCCAGUGUUGCAGUCCAGAGUUUGGGAGCAUAGCUGCCAACGUUUUCCCUUUUUAAAAGGGAAAUUCCCUUAUUCCGAAUAGGAUUCCUCACAAGAAAAGGGAAAAAUUGACAGCUGUGUUUGGGAGAGAAGAAGGAUCUGGAGGGAAGUCAAGGCAGGAUAGAAACGGCACAGAUUUGCCAAGCUCAUGGUAAACAUUCUUGCUUUAAAACGAAGUGUGGUGCUGAUAAUGCCGAGGUCGUAGGUUCGAUCCCCAUAUGGGACAACUGCGUAUUCCUGCACUUUCAGGGGGUCAGACUAGAUGAUCCUCAGAGUCCCUUCCAACUCUACAAUUCUAUGAUCCUAAGCAAAAUUUGAUAUUCCUUCCUCCUCCCCGCCCCAGGAGCAUCGCUCAGCAUUUAAAACAUCAGGCUCAGAUUCGGAUUGGUGGAUUUGCAUGUGGGUUGAUCGUCUGUCCUUAACCAAGUUGGUGUGCCUAAUAGAAACACAGGCAGCUGUUUUAUGCAGAGUCAGGCCACUGGGUCCAUCUAGUAUCGUUGACACUGACUGGCAACAGCUCUCCAGGGUCUCUCCCAGCCUUACCUGAACAUACAUACUGGGGAGUGAACACCCACUCAGCCGCAUCUAAAUUCACCUUUUGCGCUUUCUGCGAUGCUGCAGAUUAGAGUGGCCGAAGGUGCGUAAGUUCACCCACGAAAGCUUUUGCUCCUUGCGAGGAGGAGAUGUUCCCUCUUGACAUUUCCUUUUUCCUUCCUUGACGCAGCAACACUCCAGGAACAAAAGUGCUCUCAACCCACAAACCUGUCGAUUACAUUUGCGCUCGCUAAUUAAAUUAGCCCCGAUCCGGCUAUAAACAACGCCGGCCGUCUAUUGCUGAAUUAUUUCAGAUUUAUCUCCCGACCUUCAUCGAUUUUGCUCCCUUCUGAAAUUCUGGGUAUACUGAGAUGUUGGGCGAUGGCAAAAGUGUGCUCACUCAGGAACAUGUAGAUGUGUAGUGGGUUUUAAGGGGGGAUCGUCGGUUUGCUCUGAGCCUGCCAGCACACUUGGCAACUGUGGAAGUGGAGCAUGCUUGGUGAAGUCCAUUGAGUUCAAUAGGUCUACUCUGAGUACAGCUAGCGCUGGACAUCCCCCUGUAAAGCCUCAAAGUUGCAUUUCCCAGUUUUCCAGGGGUGUGCAAAGAAUCGCCUCUCCCCAUAUGAACUGACCCAAACCUUGUGAUCAGCCUCUGAGGGCCUUCUUCAUGUGCCACACAGUACCCCUUCCACAUUUAUAAGAACUUGAUUGUUUAGUGUGGCAGCACCUGCACUUUGGAACUCCCUGCCACUUGAGAGCAAUUAGGUGCCUUUGCUUUUCUCUUUUCGGCACCUGCCAAAAACCAUUCUUCUUUAGACAAGCGUAAGACAGUUGAGGUGAUUUCCAGCUGUUUUGAAUUUUGUAUGUCUUUAAGCAUGGGUGUGAAUUUUUCUCGGUUUUAUUAUUUCAUCUUUUUGUAAACCGCUUUGAGGGUUUUUUUUUUAUCAAGCAGUGUAUGAAAUGUAUGAAAUAAAUGAAUGGGUUGCACCAAACGAGCUGAAUCGUUAUUAUUUAAUUUGCGCAGAACAGACAAUGUUAAAUGCGUAGCAUUGGCGGUGUAACAUAAUAAUAAAUUUUUAUUUAUACCCCGCCCUUCCCGGUUCAGGGUGGCUGACAACAAAUUUAAAACACUUAAUUGAUGCAACAAAAAACAGCAUAAAAUACAGUAUAAAAUGUGAAUAACAAUAAAUUCAGAAUUCAAAAAUAAAUUUAGGGGGGAAAUCCAUCCAAUAAACAUUAGAUGAUCACCAGGGCUAGCUGGCUAAAUUAGUUCUAUUUGGGACAGUGAGGAGACCAGGGGAGAACAUAAGCCAAAACUUUAAAAUGAUCGCAGUCCUCUGCCCCGAGCAGCUUACAAUCGCGUUGCCAACAGUCUGACUGUAACAGGCACAUAGAGGAGAGGACUGGAAAGGGAGCCAACAUUAACAGGGGGUGACUGUGAGCCGGCAUGCCGAGUCCGGCUCUCUGCAGCUCAUGCUUUGCUGAAUUUCCUCUGUGUGUGCCAUCCUUAAAGGCCUUUUCCUCCUCCUCCUCCUUGCUCUCCCCGCAGGCAAAUCCUGGAAGGCUUUAACCCUGUCCCAGAAGCGGCCGUACGUGGAAGAGGCCGAGAGGUUGCGGGUGCAGCACAUGCAAGACUACCCCAACUACAAGUACCGGCCGCGGAGGAAGAAGCAGAUCAAGCGGAUCUGCAAGCGAGUGGAUCCGGGUUUCCUGCUGGGGCACCUCUCAAGGGACCAGGACUCCGCGCCAGAGAAACACAGGGUGGCUGGAGAGAAAGACCGGCAGGCUGACUACUCUCCCGGUCCGGUGCUGCCCAGCCUCGGGAGAUACCGGGAGGUUCAGAGCAGCGGCGCUGGUACCCCCAUGGACACCUACCCCUACGGCCUGCCCACCCCCCCAGAAAUGUCCCCCUUGGAUGUGAUAGACCCUGAGCAGAGCUUCUUCUCCUCCGCCUGCUCCGAAGACCCUUGCCGCUCCAACCUGCUCGGGGGCCCCUACUCUCUGGAGUACACCGGUGGCUCCCUGCAGUGCGGCCGCCCUCUGGGCCACCUGCCCAUCUCUCAAACCGCCCACCCUGCUUCUUCCCCUUGCUCGGCUCCCCCCUCAUGCAACUACUACCCCCCUCCAUCUUUCCACCCGGCUAUGCAGCCCCAUGGCCUCCACCCUCACCUGGGCCAGCUGUCGCCGCCUCCUGAGCACCACCAGAACUUCGACAGCCUGGAACAACUGAGCCAAGCGGAGCUGUUGGAGGAGAUGGACCGCGAUGAGUUUGACCAGUACCUGAAUGCCCCCGGACACCCGGAGCCUGGUGGGUUGGUGGUCAAUGGGCAUGUCCAGGUGUCUCAGGCGCCGGGCGGCUCCCAUUCCUCCGAGACCAGCCUCAUUUCCGUCCUUGCCGACGCGACGGCCACUUACUACAACAGCUACAGCGUUUCUUAGGCCCAUGGGGCGAGAUCAGCUCCACAAGCUGACUGAGGACAGGCUUUGGGGUGUUUUGCCGGAUGAUAAAAACCUGUGUGCCAGCUUUGGCCUCGCUCUACCCUUUCUCCUCAGGGUUUCUCUCCCCCGUCUGAUCUGAAUUCGCCUUGGACGUUGCCUGCUAGGCUUAAGGACUCCUAACAUCUUAACUUCAGAAAGGCCGUUUGAAAGUUUUAGUUUGAAAGGCCUUUUCGGUUCCACUUCAAAGGGCCGUGGGAACCUUUUGAUGGCCAGAUGCGUCUUAAUCAGGAAGCAUUCUUGUCCCUCCCACUGGAUCGAAGGGUCUACUCUGAUUUUUAGGGUGAUUGGAGGGGCAGGGGAACCAUGCGGAAUUCUUGCCACAAUAGGGGCCUGAAAUGCUUGGGGGUGCCCACGUUGGAUUUGCAAACUGGAGUCGAAGAUGGAGAACUCAAAAUUGGCCUCUAUGUUGAUCUGAGCAGUUUCCUUCCCACCCUUUAACUCUCGCCCAGGCAGCAGGGGAACAAAAAUAAAUCUGGAAAGUGAAUCUGCUUGGCUGCUCCUCUUGCUUCUCUAAGACAGCAAUCGCCAUAACCAAAGAUGUUCUUGGGUGUAACGCCUUAGAACUAACUCCUAGGCCAACGGUGGGGAGACCUGUGUCCCUCCAGCUGUUGCUGGACACAAGCACCUUUGUCCCCUUCAGCAUGGCUGGUGAUCGGGGAUGAUGGGAACUGUAUUCCGGCAGCAUCUGGAGGGCCAAAGCUUUUCACCUCCCUGACCUAGGCGGCCCCUGUUAAACGGAGUGUGGUUUGUGCCUUGGUACCAUCAGGCAAGGCUGGAUCUACACCAGGGGUCAGCAAGGUUUAUCUUGCCUGGGCCGGAUCGGUCCCACGGAGAUCCCUCCGUGGGCCAGAUUGUGAGUGCGCACGCCUGUGAUUUUUGGCGUGUGUUCGCCUGCAAUUUUCGGCAUCUGCCUCUGCGGAGAUGUGAUUUUUGGCACUGCGGAAGCGAGUCCCUGUGCCGUGUUGCGCUGAUUUAGUGCCACACGCAAGCAGGCAGCUCCACAGGCUGCUUCUGGCCCAUGGGCCUUAGGUUGCUGACCUCUGAUCUACACCGACAUGUUAAAUGUCAUUUCCCCCUACUGGAACAAUCUUAGAUAUGUCAUUCUAAAACGACACAGGGCAUACUUGUCAAUUAAAAUGUUUUUCACCUCAGUCCCAGUCCCCCCGGUCAAAUGUAAGUAAUCCCCGACUGGUUACCGGUUACUACACUCCUCCGCUCCAGUUUCACAUUUUAAUUCUUCCUUCCUCUCUCUCUCCUUCAGUUCAGGGGAAACUGAACACCGCCCCUCGAAUACCAUUGGAACAGGGUGGGGUUGUCUGCUGGAGUUUGAAUGGAGUAAAAAAAUAAUAAGUAAAACACAACAUGGGGACAUAGGAACAGUGUUUCACCGAUAGAGCAGUAAAAAACAUUUAAAAAUUAAGUGAUAAGAAAGACAAGGCAAUGAUGUGUUAUGAACGUAGAACGUCAUGUGUCCCUCUGAGUCAUCGAAACCAUUCCUUAACGAUCCCUUGACGUUAAAAACCAUGAGUGUAGAUCCGCUUCAGGUCUUCGUAACAGAGUAAUGCAGGAGGUCUAUGCUCAGAUUUCUGUCCUUUCAUUCCUUUUCGUGGGGCUGGUGUGGGAUAGUUUCUCAGGUUGAAGCCAGAAAUAGCCCGUCAGAAGGGUACCUGCCACCAACUACAAAACCUCUUUUUAAAAAUGAUGUUAGUAGGACGAAUAUUCACACUUUGGAACCGAUACCUCUCUCCUCCACUCCAUAAAAUCUGACCAUCAGCAUUGCAAUAACUCCUUUGUAGAUAUGGACUUAUUUGAAAGGCUGAUUUUAGCACCUGUAUUUUCAAACUGGGGAGCGUAGUUCAUGUAGAAAGCAGUGAGGGGUUGGUUUGUUUGUUUUUAGGUAGGGCAAGAUCCCUGAAAACGUAGCUGUUUCACCCCUGGGAGAAAGUGCAUGCUUGAGUGAUAAGUCAUCAGGAUUGCUGAUCCCCAGAGCAAUCACAGCAGCAGGAAGAGAAGGGAUACUACAGGACUCCUCAAUGAUGGGUGCAGCAUUUCUGGAAAUAAAAAAUAAAAUGCAGUAAUGCCACCAAGUCUCAACAUGCGCCCUGCAUCUUGGGAAACACAAAAAUCCCUUAAGUGCGCCUUGUGAAAGGCAACCUUUGCAUCAUGUUUUUUUUUCCCCAGAGCAAGGGUGAAGUUGGUCGACUUCCAGGGAUGUCAGUCUUUUAUGCAUGCAUCUCCAGAAUGACUAAGCUGCACAGGGAGAAAUUCACUUCUGACGCUUGGCGCAGGAUCCUUCCCUGGCGAAAGGGACCCACUCGGUUCUCCUCCAUAGCAAGAAAGCAGAGAGAGAGAGAGCGCUGCUGGUCCAGCCCAUUUGGGCCAGCAUUCUGUUCUCACAGUAGACAACAUGAAACCUGCAAGCAGAUAUUGAGCAUAAUACCACUUUCCUCACCUAGAUGUUGUUGAUGUUUAGUUGUUUAGUCGUGUUCCAACUCUUCGUGACCCCCUGGACCAGAGCACGCCAGGCCCUCCUGUCUUCCACUGCCUCCCGCAGUUUGGUCAGACUCACGCUGGUAGCUUUGAGAACACUGUCCAACCAUAUUUUCCUCUGUUGUCCCCUUCUCCUUGUGCCCUCCAUCUUUCCCAACAUCAGGGUCUUUUUCAGGGAGUCUUCUCUUCUCCCGAGGUGGCCUAAGUCUUGGAGCCUCAGCUUCAGGAUCUGUCCUUCCAGUGAGCACUCAGGGCUGAUUUCCUUCAGAAUGGAGAGAUUUGAUCUUCUUGCAGUCCAUGGGACUCUCAAGAGUCUCCUCCAGCACCAUAAUUCAAAAGCAUCAAUUCUUCACCUAGUUAUUCUUUGACUCCAGUGCCUGGCAUUCAAGGUUACACUGCCUCUGAACUUGGAGGUUCUGUUUAGAUCAUCAAGCCUUUGAGACGUCUGUCCUCAGUCAAUCUGCCCUAAGCCCCUUCUCAGGUUCUUCGAGUCACUGGCAAUGGUGGCAACUCAAGCAGUGAAUGCUCAAUGUUUUCUGUGCCUCCUGCAAAGAAGCAUUUUAUUUUGUCCGCCAGGAGUUGACUGCUCAUCAGCCUUGCUUGGUGACCCCCAGAUCUCAUCUGGGAGGAGGAGGAGAAGGAGGAAGCAAAUUUCUCCCUCUAACCCCAGAUUUCUUCUCACCAUGCAUACUUUCUAUAAACCUCUGUUUACAUUUCAUCAACAGAUAGUACCGAAUUAGGGUAUUUUCAACGGGGACCAGUGCUUCAGAGCAGACCGUUUGCUAGGCAAGGUGAAGUUUGGAUGCUCUCUGAGAGCCCUGACAGAAGUGACCUGGUGACCAUCCAACUGUCUCCUCUAAGAAAUCUUUCCCCCCCGAAACAGCUGCCCAAUGAUGGCAACAGAGAAAGUGGACACACCCAGAGAGAAAAUCCCCUCUUUCGUAAGGCCAGAACUGACGGGCAUCCAAUGCAGCUGAAUGUUGGAAGGUUCAGGCCAGAUAAAAGGAAGCAUUUCUUCAAGGAAUGCCAUAGUUCACCUGUGGAACUCCCUGCCACACGAGGCAGCUGUGGCCACCAACUUGGGUGGCUUUGGAAGAGGAUUAGACAAAUUCCUGGAGGAGGAAGGGCUCUUGUGCCCAGGUCCUGCUUGCAAGUUUCCCACAGGCAUCUGACUGGCCACUGCGGAGGAGACGGUCCACUGUUCUGACCCAGCCAGCUCUUCUAAGGUUCUUAAUCGGCCUUCCCUAGAAGCUCCCAGUCUUCCAAGCCAGCUCGUUCCAUCACUUAAUGCAGGCUUCCUCAACCUCGGCCCUCCAGAUGUUUUGAGACUACAAUUCCCAUCAUCCCUGACCACUGGUCCUGCUAGCUAGGGAUCAUGGGAGUUGUAGGCCAAAAACAUCUGGAGGGCUGAGGCUGAGGAAGCCUGACUUAAUGGCUCUCUUGGCAGUGACGUUUUUGCCCAAACCUUUUAAUCCAAAUCAAAACAAAAAAACUCCUUCCAGUAGCACCUUAGAGACCAACUAAGUUUGUUCUUGGCAUGAGCUUUUGUGUGCAUGCACACUUCUUCAGAUACACUGAAACAGAAGUCACCAGACCCUAAUAUAUAGUGAGAGGGUGGGGAAGGUUAUUACUCAGAAGGGUGGUGGGAAUGGGUGAUUGGCUGAUAGGUGUGGUAAAACAGUUGACGACUGUUAACAACUGCAAUUGGUCUUACAGGAAAAAGCAAGGGUUGAGAUGGCCAAAAAUAGCUUUAUCAUGUAUAAUGAGAUAAGAAUCCAAGGUCUCUAUUCAGACCAGGUCUCUCCAUGGUUUUAAGUUUGGUAAUAAGUUGCAAUUCAGCAGCUUCUCUUUCCAGUCUGUUUCUGAAAUUCUUUUGUAAUAAGACAGCUACUUUGAGAUCUUGUGUAGGGUUAGGGUUAGAUCUUUCUCAUCCCUUGCUUUUUCCUCACCCUUCUGAUUAACACCCCCCCAACCCUCCCACUAUAUAUAAGGGUCUAGUGAUUUUUGUUUCAGUGUAUCUGAAGAAGUGUGCAUGCACAAGAAAGCUCAUACCAAUAACAAACUUAGUUGGUCUCUAAGGUACUUGUUGUUGUUUAGUUAUUUAGUCGUGUCUGACUCUUCGUGGCCCCCUGGACCAGAGCAUGCCAGGCACUCCUGUCUUCCACUGCCUCCCGCAGUUUGGUCAAACUCAUGCUGGUAGCUUCAAGAACACUGUCCCACCAUCUCGUCCUCUGUCGUCCCCUUCUCCUUGUGCCCUCCAUCUUUCCCAACAUCAGGGUCUUUUCCAGGGAGUCGAGUCUUCUCAUGAGGUGGCCAAAGUCUUGGAGCCUCAGCUUCAGGAUCUGUCCUUCCAGUGAGCACUCAGGGCUGAUUUCCUUCAGAAUGGAUAGGUUUGAUCUUCUUGCAGUCCAUGGGACUCUCAAGAGUCUCCUCCAGCACCAUAAUUCAAAAGCAUCCGUUCUUUGGCGAUCAGCCUUCUUUAUGGUCCAGCUCUCACUUCCAUACAUCACUACUGGGAAAGCCAUAGCUUUAACUAUACAGACCUUUGUUGGCAAGGUGAUGUCUCUACUGGAAGGGUUUUUUUAAUUUUUGUUUCGACUAUGGCAGACCAACACGACUACCUACCUGUAACGAGAACUUUUAAUCCAAAUGUAACUGGGGGGGGGGCUUUUUCCGCCCCCCCCAGCUCCUGUGCUUUGUGCCUCUGGAACAUCUUUUUCAGUAUGGAGAGGAGCUGUUGUCUCAUCUCCUCCUGCGUCAUUUGUUUUUGUCCUGGUCAGCAUUCAUUAAAUUAGAUGGUAGGGUGACAAGCAAACCACUCCCUGAUCCGCCACUCUGGGCCAUUUCCACACUUCAUGAAACGGCUCUUUGUAGGCCCAGCGUGGCAGAUCAGGUCAGGGUGUGGCUUGUCAUCCACAAGCACUCCUCCAGCUUCACGUUGCUUUGCACGACAUGCCGUGCUCUCGGUGUGGCAAGAAAACCAGAGAGGUUUCCAUGUCCCGGCCAUCUGCAGCAGCCGUUGUGUUGCAAGUCGAACCAUCCCAUUCUUCUCUGAAUCUAAACCAGGGUUUCUCAAACUUGGGUCUCCAGCUGAUGUUGGUCUACAACUGCCGUCAUCCCUAGCUAGCAGGAUCAGUGGUCAGGGAUGAUGGAAAUUGUAGUCCAAAAGCAACAGGAGGCCCAAGUUUGGAAAACCCAGCGAGGCUCCUCUUAGUUUCUACCGAGACGUGUUUGUCCUACGAAAUGUGCAAGAGUUUGAAUUUUGCAGUGCCACCCCUCAACCAAACAGUCUGUGCACUGUUGCAUAUAUUAGGGAAAGUGCACCCAAAAUGCAUAUCUUAGCAAAAAAAAAACCCACCACAUUUUAUCGGGGGAAGCAGCCUGCCGAAAUGUGUACGUUACUCAAAAACUGGAUGCAAAAAAUGUGUUCAUUCAGAGGAAUUGGCGCUGAAGUGCGGAUGAAUUUUCAUGAGGAAUAAUAAUUUCAAAAAUGCAAAUUUCUGCCAGUGGAAAAACGAGAAAAUGAAAAGAUCCUUCCGGUCCUGCUUUGUAUGUUUCAUUUUGCGGUGCGCACGUGAGUUGCGCACUGAAAAUGUGUGUCUUUUAAAUUGGAACUUAAGGGGGGGGAAACAGGAAUUAUCUUUCCUUUGGCAGAGACGGCAGGCAAAUUCUCACCCUGUCUCUCUAAAAGGGACAUUUCCCAUGUAAGCAGCUAUGUUCUGGCAGCCUCUGUGGUCCAGCCUCUCCAAAGAUUUUGCCAUUUUGCAAGACGAGAAGUUGUUGUCCUUGUUUCUUCCCGCGAUCCGGCGACUGCUCCCACACUGUUCCAACCCCACUGACGUGAGUGGGAAUGCCAUAGAGUAAAUGAUUUACGGCCCCGUCUUUAAAACUCACCGCCCAAGUUAAAUGUGUGUCGAGGGUGCGGUUUCAUGAGCAGACUAAAAUUCGGGGGGCCUUGCAGAAAUAGUGUGUCAGUUUUGCAGGCUGACGCUGCCAGUUGAAAAGUUCAGACGUUUCAGGUGUUUUGCGAUUCAUUUCAGAGGCUGGCUAUUGGGAUAGCAUAUUCUCAGAGAUGUGAUUCAUUCGUGUGCUCCAGGGCUGAGUCUUGGCUUUAACUAGAUCCCCUGACUGUGUGAAAUUAAUUAAUUUAACAGCCUGUUCUGCACACACACACACACACACACCCAAGUAAUCUUCUCCGUUUCACAUCCAAACGUCUUCCUCAUCGCUGGCACAAAGUCUCUGCAAAGCUUUGUUGGAAAGGAUUCCACAACCUCACAACGCUCUGGUGUUUUUAUCAAACUGUCACUGAAGGAAGAUGCUUUUGAUGUUUUAACUUGUCCCUUUCCCCGCAUCAGUGUAUCUCUGCCUGAAAUGACAUUGUACAUAUCUGCUUCACAGGAUCUCCCCCUUGUCCACCAUUUCUGGGACUUUCUUGUAUUGGUGGAAAUUGACUGGUUCCUGCUCCCUCCUUUGCUAAUCAGUUAUUUAAUAGAGUUAUUCUUAUUGUAAUGAUUACUUAGCGGGUUUAUAUCAUUCUUGUUUUUGUUUUUGUUUUUCUAAUAAUGUCCCUGAAGUGUGUGAUUUAAUAUACAAAUAAUACUUAUAUAUAUAAAAAUAUAUAUAAAAAUAAAUGAAUUAAACACCACAAUGUUUAAGCUAAAACGUUCCUUUUAAUUUUGCUUCCCUCUGUGAUCUUAAGUGUGGACAUUUUCCGUUGGCAUAAAGUAUUUAAGUUAAAUAAAUGCAUUUUUAUAUGAAAAUUGUCAAUCUUUUCUGGAGAGCAGAAGGCUUGGGGAAGGUGGAUUCUCGUUCCUUUAUUUUUUCUGUUGUCACAGAGAUAAAAGGCCACACACUACAUUUGAAACACUGUUACUGAAAUUCUUCUAUAAAAUAUUAAUAGAAAACAAAAUUUAAAAGAAGAGAAAUACAUUUAAAGCGCUAUAAUGCCAUUUUAAACAGAUGUGGCACCCCCUAAAAAAGUUCUGGGAGCUGUAGAGUAAUAGAUACUGAAAUUUGUUAGGAUCCCCCUCCCAGAGUUCCCUGAGGACAGGGAUUGAUUGACAAACGACUCAGGGAAUUGUAGCUCAGGCAUGGGGUGGGGCUGAACAAGGGUUUCCUAGCAACUCUCAGCGCCUUUCACAAACUAUAGCUCCCAUAAUUCUGUGGAGGAAGCCAUGGCUGUUUAAAGCAGCGGUUCUCAAAGGGUGCGGCAGGAGAGGAUGGCAAGUGUGGCAGGAAGAUUCAAGGGCAAUCAAAGAAACAUUUAAACAUAGAAUUGUAGAGUUGGAAGGGACCGCUAGAGUCAUCUAGUCCAACCCCCUGAAAUGCAGGGAUCUUUUGCCCAAUGUGGGACUCAAACCCCCAACGCUAGUAUUAAGAGUCUCAAGCUUCAGUGUAGUGUAGUAGUAGUUGCGUGGCGAGUUCCCGUCCCCCCCAGUGAAAAUAAAGACACAUGACACAAUUAUUUAAGGUUAAUGGGCUAAAUAUGGCCACAACUUUAUUGGUUACGGGUGAUGAGCGGUAUUGGCUUAGGCAUUGGUCCUAACCGACUAUAUCCAACUCCAGCCUGUCUGCUUGAAGUCCGGGAAGGGUUAACCACCGGUAGGGGAGUCCUGCUGAUGCACAUCAACUAGGAAACCCCAGGGUCACCAAAAGGGGACGUGCCUUAGGCCCUCACCUCCAUAGGCUUCGGACAGGGCCACGCCCCCCGGAAUCCUGUAACGGAAGACCCUUCAAUAUGUGGGGCAGGUGAUGGCGUUUCCUCCCCUCUUCCAUCUACAAAACAAUACCAAUACCAAUGCCUAAUUGCCAAUACCAAGAAAGUUGUGAAGAUUUGCUAUGAGGUAGGUGAAAACCAAGUGGCUGGUGCCAAUUUGCCAAGUGGAAAAAUUCCUACCAGGCCCCUCAAUGGCGACCAACCAAGGUCCAUAGCAAGGUCAAGGAACAAAAACCUUGUAGGGCAGGAGGGUGGGAAACAGGAACAGCUGGUAGGCGGGAAAAGAGGGAGAUCUUCGGCCGCGCCUGCAUUUAAAUCAGGCGGGCCACUCCUCCAAGCCAGCUGAUUGGUUGGCCAGGGGGUGACAUGGCCAGGGAUUCCCCCAAUCGUGUGGGGACUGGGCUCCAGCCACCGCGCACAUGGUGGGGCCAUGACGUCAGCAAUCUCAUCUCCUCUGCAGGGCGGAAGUGCAUAGUAAUAAUAAUAAUAAUAAAUUUUAUUUAUAUCCCGCCCUCCCCAGCCAAAGCCGGGCUCAGAGAGGCUAACAUCAUACAAGUAAGACAGUGCAUAAAAACAAGCGAUCAAUAAAUUAAGAUACAUCCCACAAUUAAUUCAAACAAAUUAAAAUUAAAGUUUAAACUGGACAAGUGGCAAUUUUCAGGUUAAAAUUGAAGGCAGUUACCAACUGUAUUAUAAGCACCUGUGAGCGGGCUGGGAACCUCCUUCGUGCUUGUUCUUAUACAAAGAGAAAAUGAGUACAAGGAGUAUAGCAUCAAAUUAUUUUUUUGUUGUCUUUAGUUGUGCUCUGUGUUAGGGUUGCCAUAUUUCAGAAAGUGAAAAACCAGGACACCCCUGAAUUGUUUAACUUUCCUUAAGGAAAACCCCCAAACUGUUGAGUUUUGUUUUGUUUUUUACAGAGACUCCGGAAAGACACAACUUUUGAUUUACUUGCUUAAGAUGCAAUUCAAAGCACCUUUGAAAUCCCAGUAAUGUCCAAGAAAAUCUGGAUUUGUAUGUUAGCCCUAUUCUAAAUCAGGCACUGAUGGAAGUUUCUUCUUUUCAUUUUCCGAUGUAUUUCUUGCCCCGCCCCCCCAAUUGAUGUGGCACAAGCAAAUUUUUAUUCCGAAAGUGUAGAGUGGAGAAAAAAGUUUGAGAACCAAGUGAUAUCAUUGUGUUUUAAAUGGAUGGUGUGGAUGAGGCCUAAGUUCCUUACCUUUCAGAUGCGUAAAGGUAAAGGCACCCCUGACCAUUAGGUCCAGUCGUGGCCGACUCUGGGGUUGCGGCGCUCAUCUCGCUUUAUUGGCCGAGGCAGCCGGCGUACAGCUUCCGGGUCAUGUGGCCAGCAUGACUAAGCCGCUUCUGGCAAACCAGAGCAGCGCAUGGAAACGCCGUUUACCUUCCCGCCAGAGCGGUACCUAUUUAUCUACUUGCACUUUGACGUGCUUUCGAACUGCUAGGUGGGCAGGAGCAGGGACCGAGCAACGGGAGCUCACCCCGUCGCGGGGAUUCGAACCGCCGGCCUUCUGAUCAGCAAGUCCUAGGCUCUGUGGUUUAACCCACAGUGCCACCUGCGUCCCUUUCAGAUGCAUAGCUUCCCCCAAAUAAUCCAGGGAGCUCAACUCCCCACCAGUGCCACAAAGCUACAAUUCCCAGCACCCUUAACAAACUACACUUCGCCGCAUGCUUUGGACGAAGCCAUGCACUUCAAAUGCGCUUUAAAUGUAUGCUGUGUGCAUGACACACACAUACAGUGGUACCUCAGGUUAAGAACUUAAUUCGUUCCUAACCUGAAACUGUUCUUAUCCUGAAGCACCACUUUAGCUAAUGGGGCCUCCUGCUGCCGCCGCGCCACCGGAACACAAUUUCUGUUCUCAUCCUGAAGCAAAGUUCUUAACCCAAGGUACUAUUUCUGGGUUAGCGGAGUCUGUAACCUGAAGCGUAUGUAACCUGAAGCGCCUGUAACCCAAGGUACCACUGUAUUCACAAAACUUUAGCAAAGAGGGAGGAUGUUCAUGGGAUUUUCUCUCUUUGGAUGCAUUAACACUGAAUCACCUCAGCCUAGAGGGAAGUACCAGCAUCAAUUAACUUCAGCAAAUUAUAGAUUCAUAGAAUUGCUGAGUUGGAAGGGAGCCUGCAACGGAGGAAGGAAGUCCUUCUGGUAGGACUGUUAUACGUCCAUGUUUUCCCAGACGUAUACGGGAUUGACCCACUGGAGAGAGUGUCUGGGUGAAAUUUCAGAAAAUCUCAAAAAAAUCUGGGGAAACCCAGAGGUACGGCAGCCUUACCAUAUUGGAAGUGUUGUGUUUUUGUUGAAUUUCCUUAAAAUAGCUGAAUGAAAAAGUCCAUUCCAAUUAUAAUAAUAUAAUAAAAAUAAUGUAUUGUUUUUACCCCGCCCAUCUGGCUGGGUUUCCCCAGCCACUCUGGGCGGCUUCCAACAAAGUAUUAAAAUACAGUGGUCUGUUAAACAUUAAAAGCUUCCCUAAACAGGGCUGCCUUCAGAUGUCUUCUAAAAGUCUGGUAGUUGUUCUUCUCUUUGACAAAUCUGGUGGGAGGGCGUUCCACAGGGCGGGUGCCACUACCGAGAAGGCCCCCUGCCUAGUUCCCUGUAACUUGACUUCUCGAAGUGAGGGAACCGCCAGAAGGCCCUCGGCGCUGGACCUCAUUACUCUUUUAGAGAUUUUUUGGGGGGGAGAAUCUCAACAACUGUCCCCCAAAAAGCUCAACAACAACAUCAAAUUAUUUAUAACCCGCCCCAGGCACUCUGGACGGCUCCCAAUAGAAUAUUAAAAACCUGAUAAAACAUCAAACAUUAAAAACUUCCCUAAACUGUCCCCUUGGAACUGGCAGAGAGCAUUAUUACUCUAGGUGCAUUUAUCCACAACUUAUUUUAAUUGUUCAGUUCAACAGCACCCCCUCCCUCACAUACACACAGCCAGGGAAUACUGGAGAGCCACAACGGAGCAGGGUUGUGGAGGAGAUCUUCCCGGAAAGUUUCCUUCGCUGCUAUUUACGCCCUUGGUUCUCCAGAUGGAACAAAAGCGAAGUGCAUGUUAAAAGCGAUGGUCUGGUUUGCUUGUUUGUUUAUUUCAUAAAAUUCAUAUGCCACUUGGUUGUCAUAAAAACCUCAAAGUGGGUUACGGAGAGAAUAAAGCAAGUAAAUAGUUAAAAACAUUCCAGGGAAACAAAAUCAGCAAUGAAAUAAAAACGGAUUAAAACACACGCCAACGUUCUACACAUCUGAGUAGACCUAUCUAAACAAAAAUGUUUUUAGCAGGCACCAAAGAGCACACAGCUUGAUAUCAAUAGGCGGGGAGUUCCAAAGUGUAGCCACUGCCGGACUAAAAAAUGAUUUCUUACAAACGUGGAACAGGUAUUAUGUGGGACUUGCAAUAGUGCUGGUUCUGUGGUGAUGGCAAGAGGUUAUUACCGUACUUUUCCGUGUAUAAGACUAGGUUUUUUUUACUCUGAAAUACUGUUCAAAAUCUGGGCUCGUCUUAUACAUGGAUAGUAUCUCCCCCCAUUUUCUUAAAUCGGAGUCCCCCAAAAUAUGGGGCGUCUUAUACAUGGGGGUGUCUUAUAGACGGAAAAAUACGGUAUAGCCCCAUUGAAAUGCAUUGGGGAUGCCUCUCUUACUUCAUCUGCCAGCCCUAGGAACUGCUGCGGAAGGAAUCGCAUUAAAUAUCGAGCAAUUCUGAGAACAUGGGAAACCUCAAGAAUGCAAUGCAGAGGCGGUUUGUCGAUCUGCGUUCGUGUGUUGCUUUGAAGAGGGUUUAUGCAACUGCUGGGCGGUACGAUGCUAUCUUCGUGAUAAAGAAGCUAUCGACAUCUUUUGCCUCACCUGCAAUCGAGGCACUUUGAAUGAGCCUAUUCUGCAUCUUAGGUCUGGGUAGAGAAAACCAGCGGUUGCCAAAUAGUUCAUCCUCCCUGCCCCCCCCACGCCCCCCUGCUAAAAGGCACCCAUCAAUCAACAAGCCGUUGAUAAACCUGGCGGGCUGAUGAUUGCGUCUCAACCUUUGCGAAGAGCAAUCUAACCGCACCAACCCAAUUAAGCCCAAUCAAGUAAUGAUAACGUUACAGGUCAUAAAAAAAUGAUGACAUGUUUGGACAUUGCUUCCAAAAGCAUUCCAUGUGCACAUCAGAGCAUCAGAAGAGACUGCAGGAUCAGGCCAAGGGCCUGUCUUAGUGCAGCAUCCUGUAGACCAGGCAUUUCCAAACUUGGUCCUCCAGCUGUUUGGGGACUACAGUUCCCAUCAUUCCUGACCGCUGGUCCUGUUAGCUGGAUGAUGGGAGUUGUAGUCCCAAAACAGCUGGAGGGGCAAGUUUGGCCCUGCCUGGUGUAGACAAUCAGAUGCUUCAAUGGGAACCAUUCAGAAAUGAGAGCCUUGCCCUCACAGCUAAAAGCCACUUCUCCAAACUAAAAAGCGGCAAUUGCGUUCCAUCGACCGCCCUUCUCCCCCCAAUCUCAGGGAAAAUCCAUGCCAUGGAACUGAGGUGGGUUAAACUGGCAUUCCCUGGGGACUGGUAGCUGAAACCCUACUGCUCAUUUCACAGCAGGGACAAUGGUACCAUCUCCCGGGAAGUUGUCCUAAAUGGCCUCGGCCCAGUAUACCUAAAGGAGCAUCUCCACCCCCAUCAUUCUGCCCAGACACUGAGGUCCAGCUCCGAGGGCCUUCUGGCAGUUCCCUCCCUGCGAGAAGCCAAGUUACAGGGAACUAGGCAGAGGGCCUUCUCGGUGGUGGCGCCCGCCCUGUGGAACACCCUCCCAUCAGAUGUCAAGGAAAUAAACAACUAUCUGACUUUUAGAAGACAUCUGAAGACAGCCAUGUUUAGGGAAGGUUUGUUUUUUUCCCCAAUGCAAAAUUACAACAAAAAUUACAAACACUGAAUCCAAAAUAAAACAGUGCAAACAAGGGGGGGAAAGCAAAACACAAGAGAAAAAAACAGACAAACAAAAAACAAAAGCACACUUCUACAAAUAAAACCAUAUCAUCAUUCUAAUCAUUAUGUACAUAUACACAUAUUGACUUCCUUCCUUUGUUCUAAGACCUCGAAAUUUUUACUCUUUCUAAAUUGUUGUGUCUAAUGUAGAUUACCUCUAUCUUUAUACUUUUUGCACCAUUUUUCUCUUUCUUUAACCCUGCAAAGCUUCAUUCGUUACAUACCAGUAUGCUUACUCCAGGGGAGAUUUUAAUGUUUGAUGUUUUAUUGUAUUUUUAAUAUUUUGUUGAAAGCCGCCCAGAGUGGCUGGGGAAACCCAGCCAGACGAGUGGGGUAUAAAUAAUAAGUUGUUUGUUUGUUUGUUGUUGUUGUCAAUCUUUUUCUCAGCGGGGGACGUGGUGUAUGUGUGUUAUGUUAGCAUGCAAGUCUGAGUUAAACUGCCGCUUUUAUUUUGGAAAAUAAAAUCCAAAACCCUGUUAACAAAAUAGCAAAACAACUUUUGGGUUCUCCAGAAAGAGUGGAGGAUUGACAGGGCUCAAUGAUCAGCUUGUCUAGAAGUCAGAUGUUCCAAGGAGGGCUGGGAAGUUGCUGUCCGCAAUGAGGCCUUCGUGAUCCUAGCGAGACAGAAGAGAAGAAGCUUUCUCCCUCUGGCACAUUUUUGCAGCGGCUGCUCUGCUAUGAAGCAAUUAAAGGCAGCGCCUUCCAACAGUGAGAGCCACAAAGAGGGAGGGAGACAGGAUUACCUGUCCAGUAUGGUGUAGUGGUUAAGAGCGGUGGACUCGUAAUCUGGUGAACCGGGUUGGAGUCUCCGCUCCUCCACAUGCAGCUGCUGGGUGACCUUGGGCUAGUCACACUUCUCUGAAGUAUCUCAGCCCCACUCACCUCACAGAGUGUUUGUUGUGGGGGAGGAAGGGAAAGGAGAAUGUUAGCCGCUUUGAGACUCCUGAAGGGGAGUGAAAGGCGGGAUAUCAAAUCCAAACUCCUCUUCUUCUUCUUCUUCUUCUUCUUCUUCUUCUUCUUCUUCAUGUGUAUGGCAUGACCCACCAGUUGGGCUGGAGAAGAAAUUCAAUUCAGUUCACGCUGACAGUCAAUCAUACCCAAUUUGCAAUUUCCAAGACAACCCACAAACCAAAACACAGCCAUCUUCUGAAAUCCCCACUUCUCUGAAUUUUGCAAUGCAGUUCUCCAGCCAAGCAAAAUUGCAGAUAGUUGGGUAAAGUGUGCAUGUUGUUGUUUAGUCAUUUAGUAGUGUCCGCCUCUUUGUGACCGCAUGGACCAGAGCACGCCAGGCACUCCUGUCUUCCACUGCCUCCCGCAGUUUGGUCAAACUCAUGCUGGUAGCUUCGAGAACACUGUCCAACCAUCUCGUUCUCUGUCGUCCCCUUCUCCUUGGGCCCUCCGUCUUUCCCAAUGUCAGGGUCUUUUCCAGGGAGUCUUCUCUUCUCAUGAGGUGGCCAAAGCACUGGAGCCUCAGCUUCAGGAUCUGUCCUUCCAGUGAGCACUCAGGGCUGAUUUCCUUCAGAAUGGAGAGGUUUGAUCUUCUUGCAGUCCAUGGGACUCUCAAGAGUCUCCUCCAGCACCAGAAUUCAAAAGC